AUGGAUGUUCCCCAGCUGUCUCACAGGUGUGCCCUCACGCUGCCCUGCUGUGCAGAAGCUGGUGGGGCCACCUGUGCCAAAGCCCCCCAGGUCACGGGGGUCACAGUUCAGCUGGAGAUGCACACGCUGUGGCAACAGUUUGACCAGCUGGGCACAGAGAUGAUUGUCACCAAGGCUGGGAGGAGGAUGUUCCCUACCUUCCAGGUGAGUAUCUCAGGGAUGGACCCUGCAGCGGAGUAUGUGCUGCUCAUGGACUUCAUCCCUGUGGAUGACAAGAGAUACAGAUAUGCGUUCCACAGCUCCUCGUGGCUGGUGGCAGGCCGGGCCGACGUGGCGGCCCCGGGGAGGAUGCACUUCCACCCUGACUCCCCCGCCAGAGGCUCCCAGUGGAUGAAACAGAUGGUCUCCUUCGACGCACUCAAACUGACCAACAACCUGCUGGAUGACAAUGGACAUAUGAUCUUGAACUCCAUGCAUCGUUACCAGCCUCGAUUCCAUGUGGUGUAUGUGGACCCACGGCGGGAUAGCCAGCUUCAUGCCCACCGCAACUUCUGCACCUUCUCCUUCCCAGAAACACGCUUCAUAGCCGUCACUGCCUACCAGAACCACAGGAUCACCCAGUUGAAGAUAGCCAGUAACCCGUUUGCCAAGGGCUUCCGAACUACUGAUCCUGACGCCUGGUAA